AGACAAUGCCCCUGGGGGAGACUCCAAAAAACAGGCAGAGAAAGAGACAGAGUCCAGUAAUCUGUUGGGAAAUGGAAAAGUGUGCAUGAAGAUAUGUUUUUAAUCCCUACCUCAUAUUGGCAGAAGUUUUGCAUAGAGAAAAACUAAGUGGGCCUCUCGACAAUGGUAUGCCUUAAGUGAUAGCCAAAAAAUAGACUUUUAUUUUUUUUCUACAAAGGAAAUGUGUGUAAAUUGACUGAAAUGAACUGUAUAUGAGCAAGAUCUUGGAUUAAAUUAAAUUAUUAUAUAAUAUCGUCACCUUCCUAAAAUAAUUGCCUAAGUCAUUUUUUCACUUUUCUCAGAAAACACAAAACACUGAACCAAUAAUUGAAUAUAUGAUAUUUAUUGAUAAUGUCACUCAAAAAGGUAGAAUUGCGUGAUCUGUUCAACUGAGGAUGUGGGCGAUUUUACCAAAGGUGGCCAGCAUCAUGAGCAGAUGACUUAUGCAAAAAAAUCAUUUUUGUCAAAAAAUGACUUAGGCAAUUAUUUUAGGAAGGUGACGAUAUGUGUCUGUUUUCAUGCUUCCCUUUAACGGUAAACAGCAUAUUACUGCAUCUCUUUCUUCCACUAUGAGCUUCCAUAUACAAGAAUAGCAAUGGCUAUUGAGCACAUGUGAUGCAUUAGUACACGGGAUAUGAGUCCGUUGAAUUCGUAAUUGACUUGCGCGUUCUCGCUCCCGGCGCUCGUGAGUCUCAGUUGCUGCGCUGGCAUCUGGCGCGCGACGCAUCCACAGAUCUCCGUGCUGUCACGUGACAGAAGAAAAAAUAUUCUUUAACAAUUGCGUCUAAAAACAAUCUCUUGUGCUUGUUAAUUGUAACUGCUGUUCAUUUAAACGCAAAAUGGCUCAUAUUUAACGGAAUCGCAAUUAAUUCGGUGGCUUAUUGCUUGAACGAGUCUGCAAGGGCUGGACAAGUUUUUCCAUGCACGCAGAACUCUGAGCGUGCAGCAACUUUAAUAGUGGAAGCAGAUGUUUGGAACUGGCUUUAGCGGUGUCAUGCUAUCGGGGUAGGCUUUCAACUGGGUAAGUCUUGUAGUUUUGCUUUAAUUGAGACAGUUAGAAAUUAUUUAAAGACAUAAUGUAAUCAGUAAAAUUAUUAAAAGACCACCUAUAUGAGGUUGGUUGGACACCAAAAUGUACAUUAGCCCUGACAAACUCGAGAAUGCAAUCGAAAAGAAAAUCCAACAACUUUUUAACUUACAUAUGCUACUGUUGGCUCCAGUGUUUCAGGUAUAGUUUGCAUAUGGGCAUGUCUGCACAGGGCAGGGUCUAGUGACAUUUCAAAAGGUAAAUGUAUAUGUCUAAUGUGCUGCAACUUCCUUUAGAUAAACGUAAUUAAUGUAGACUCGAGUCUACAUUACUUAAGUUUGCCUAAUGGAAGAUGGAUGUCCAGCAGGAACCGCAUGUAGCAUUGUUAGACAGCAUUUUUGUUGUCUCCUAUAAAAAUCUGUAAUGGAAGAGGAGUUGGAUAAGCAAAUGUUGUCAUCACUUAAAUGUGGUUUAUUUCAAUGGAUAAUGCAAUAUAGUAAGUCUCAACAGGUGGAGAUUUUUCUUAUUUUUUUCUUUCAGUUUUUCAAUUUGAAGCAGGGGCGGACUGGCCUUAGGGAGAACAGGGACUAAUCCUUUAGAAGAAACCCUAAUGGCUGUGAAGAAAUCCAAAUAACUGCUGGGUUGGAAGCAAAAGACAAACUAGUGAAACCUGUGACAGCAUGAGGAGGAUCUAUAUAAAGGGAGAUGUACUUUGCUCCUUGAUUCUGUUGAUACUGCUCUGUCUGCUGUUCUAUGCCCACCAAAGACUGACGCCUGUAUGCGCGACUUUGCACAUUGAACAGGGGUCCACCAGCUCCAGAACCCUCCUUGGAGGAGUAUCAAUGGGACAACAAACAAAUCCAGUACCUUCUAAACCUCAAGAUAUACCACCAUGCAAGUCUGAGGUUCAGAUUAAUACUAAGGCCCAAGGACAAUCAAAGUCAAAAUCUCAGAGUAAAUUUAAAACAAGGACUAAAGCAAAGCCUAAAUUAAAGCAAAAGGAUGAAUCUCACCAGGCCUCAACAACAUCCAGUCUCCUACUUACACAUACACCAUUUGACUUUGAGGAUUACCUUCGAAAGAAAGACCAGCGACACUUCAAACUAUUUAUUGAUCAACCAGAGAAAUGUUCUGGACCAGAAAAUGCACCCUACAUGCUUAUUGCCAUUAAAUCAGUUGCAAUGGACUUUGAUAAACGACAAGUGGUUCGACGCACCUGGGGACAAGAAGGUGUGUUCCAGAAAGGAGUGAAUGUCAGGAGAGUUUUUCUUCUUGGCGUGCCCCAAAAUCAAACAGCGCUCCCUCUAUGGGACAAGCUGUUGGCUUAUGAGAGCCAAACUUAUCAUGACAUCCUCCUGUGGGACUUUGAAGACACUUUUUUUAACUUGACACUAAAAGAAAUCCACUUCCUGCAGUGGGUCAAUGUGAGCUGCUCCAAAGCAAAGUUCAUUUUUAAGGGUGACGCAGAUGUGUACGUGAACGUUGACAACAUUCUGGAGAUGCUUGAUGGUAAAGACAUUGAUAAGGAUCUUUUUGUAGGAGACAUCAUUGUCCAUGCAAAACCAAUUCACAGACGCAACAGUAAAUACUUUGUUCCUGAGUUUAUUUAUGGCCAAGGAAUCUACCCUUCAUAUGCAGGUGGAGGGGGCUUUGUCAUGUCGGGACAUACUGCAUUGAGGCUGCACCUUGCCUGCAAAGAAGUGGAACUGUUUCCCAUUGAUGAUGUCUUUCUGGGAAUGUGUCUCCUGAGGAUUGGCCUUCAGCCAACUCGCCAUGAGGGCUUCCGAACCUUUGGGAUUGUGAAACCGUCUGCAGCACCCCACCUGCAGGUCUUUGACCCCUGCUUCUACAGAGAACUGAUGGUGGUUCACAGUUUGACAGUCCCACAGAUCUGGCUCAUGUGGAACCUCCUGCACGACCCUAACCUUCACUGUCAUAGCAGUCAGGGUCACACAAGUUUUCCCUUUAAGUGGAGAAACAACGUCCCCAAGAAUACAAAGAACCAGGCAAAAGGGGAGCUUAGUAACAACGAUUAUGAAAUGAAAGUGUUUGUGGAACAUUGACUCCAAAUCAAAAUGAUUGUAGGUGAAAAUAAAAUGAAAAAGACCUAAAUACAACUACAUGUCCUUUUCUACAGAGUUAGAUAAGUGUCACUAUUCAUCACACAGAGUACUAUUUUGUUCUCUCUUUUGGGUUAUUAAUGUGCUACAUUGUUUUGGAUCAUCUGCUGUCUUUUUUAUUAAUAUUGAACUGAAUUUCAGAAAACUAUGCUUCACUUCUGAAUGUAGACUGCUGUGAAUAUGAACGUACUACUAUGCUUUGAGCUGGUCUUGAAAAUAGAAUAAUAAAAAAAAGACAAUAUUA